AUGAACGACCACCGGGGCCAAGGUCACCGUGAAGUCCCCCGGGCUUUUGAAGAUCGAGUUCACUUCCCUCCGCAGGGUUUUUAUCCUCCGCAGGUGGUCCUCCCUCCGCAGGGUUUUUAUCCUCCGCAGGUGGUCCUCCCUCCGCAGGGUUUUUAUCCUCCGCAGGUGGUUCUCCCUCCGCAGGGUUUUUAUCCUCCGCAGGGGGUCCUCCCUCCGCAGGGUUUUUAUCCUCCGCAGGUGGUUCUCCCUCCACAGGGUUUCCAUUGGCAGGUGGUCUUUCUACCUCAGGAUUUCUACCUCCCACAGGUGGACUUCUAUCCUCCGCAGGUGGACGUCUUUCCUCCUCAGGUGGACGUCUUUCCUCCUCAGGUGGACGUCUUUCCUCCGCAGGUGGACGUCUUUCCUCCGCAGGUGGACGUCUUUCCUCCUCAGGUGGACGUCUUUCCUCCGCAGGUGGACGUCUUUCCUCCGCAGGUGGACGUCUUUCCUCCGCAGGUGGACGUCUUUCCUCCGCAGGUGGACGCUUUUCCUCCGCAGGUGACGUCUUUCCUCCGCAGGUGGACGUCUUUCCUCCGCAGGUGGACUUUUCCUCCGCAGGUGGACGUCUUUCCUCCUCAGGUGGACGUCUUUCCUCCGCAGGUGGACGUCUUUCCUCCUCAGGUGGACGUCUUUCCUCCGCAGGUGGACGUCUUUCCUCCGCAGGUGGACGUCUUUCCUCCUCAGGUGGACGUCUUUCCUCCUCAGGUGGACGUCUUUCCUCCGCAGGUGGACGUCUUUCCUCCGCAGGUGGACGUCUUUCCUCCGCAGGUGGACGUCUUUCCUCCGCAGGUGGACCUUGUGGAUGUCCACUCUCCCUCUUCUCCUGUAUCUUCUUCCCCUCUAGAUUCUCCCUACUUUCUUUGUCCUUCCUCUCCUGAUGUGGAUCCCUCGUCUCCCUCUGCCUCUUGCUCUUCUGUUUUUUCUUCCACAGAUUUCCAGAGCCCUGAGGAGUUCCUGGACUUCUUUGUCCAUACUCUCGAUUCAGCUCCUGCCUCCCCCACUACUUCUCCUCAGGUUCCUCCUAGCUAUGGAGCAGCUGCCCCUUCCCCACCUGUUUCUGCCCCUCCUUCUCCUCGUCUCUCCUCCCCCUCACGCCCUUUCUCUCCCACUUCUUCCUCGGCCCCUUUCUUGUCUUCUUUUUCUUCCCCAGAUUUCCAGAGCCUUGAAGAGUUCCUGGACUUUUCUCUGCAGACUCUGGAUCCAGCUCCUGCCUCCCCCACUAAUGCUCCUCUUCUUUUCCCUCCCAUCUUUGGUGCAGCCGUCCCCUCUCCUCCUGGCACUGCUCCUCCGUCUCCCCUCCUUGCUUCCCCCUCACGCUCUUUCUCUCCCUCUCCAGAUGCGGAGGCGUUUGUUUUAGGUCCAGAGCUUCCUAAUCUCCCUUCAGUUCCUGUACCAGGUUUCUCUGAUCCAGGUGACUCAGUUCCUAACACUGCUUCUCCCUCUUGUUCCCGUAAACGUAGCAGGGACGAGUGCACUGCUGAGACCAGCUCCAAGAGGCGGCGCUGCUCCUCUCCUGCCUCUUCUCCUCUGGUCUCCCCUGCUCCCUCUUCUUCCUCCCACUCUCCUUCCUCCUAA